GACACGACCGCGGGGAGGAGAACGACCGGCAGCUGGGGGGAUUCCGGGGCCACGGCAGGAGGCGCAGGAAGGAGUCGGGACGUUUCGGAGGCGCGGAGACGAGCCAACCAUGCUACCUCCUCCUUUUCUCCUCCCCGGUGUGACACACGGGAGCCGUGUGUCUGGGUGGCUGUUGGAGAAGGGCGUUGUUCCGCCGCCCUGCGCCGCGGCUGCUUUCGGCUCCUCGCCGGUUCAGAGCGGUAAAAAACGGACAGUACAAAGGACUACCGGUGCUUGCGCGCUGCCACGGCCACACCUAACUCAACGCGGCGCAGCCUUUGUGCGAGCGUUUGGCCUGCGCGACGCACCCGGAAGUGGCGGAGGGGUGUGCGAGAGGGCUCGUGAGGUGAGCGGACUCUGUGCCCCCGAAGCGCUUCGCGAACCAUCGUCGGACCCCGUGCCUUGCCGCAUCAUUUCUCGUUUUGGAUACAAUUCAACGUGGACGGAGGCAUCUGAUCAUCAAGUGGAAACUCACUCUUGUUUUAGCAGCAAUUCACUUUGGAUCCACGCGUCGGAAUCGACUGACAUUUUAAAUUCCGCUGCCUUCAGUGUUAUCCAGCAUUCAAGUUAUAGACACCAAAAGGCAUAUGAAGAUGAUGAUGAUGAUGAUUGUGAUGGUAUUGGUGGUGGUUGGAGCAGGGUUAGGAGCAGAGCUGCUAAAGGUUCUCAUUUGGUCAGGCGAAGUGUUAUCGACGCAAAUGACAUCCGAGUCGCGGCUCAGGGAGGUUUCUGGCCCAAGUGCGUUAGGGGGCAGACGAAAGACUGGUUAGGGGUGGAGGAAGAGGACGGAUGUAGUGCACCGGCAAUGUUUAGGUCCCGAGAAAUGGGUGAGAGCAGGGCUGGAAGAGGAGGAGGGGUGAGCCAAGGCAACAAACGCAUUAACUUAUCUAAUUAUGCGGAUAAUGAUUUGGCUUUUGUGAGACCGACUCGACAAUGUCGGGCCGAUAAUGAAAGGAAAGCUGCGGCUGCAACCGGGAGACGGAGCGAAGUGAGGGGAGAGAAGAGGGACGCUACCAGCAGUUGUUGCAAUUUGAAGAGACGAGGAACAUGUUGUGGAUUGUUAGCUGAGUUUAAUUUUCUCCUGGGAGGGAGGACUCGGGGGAAUCCCAUCCUUCAAUUUCGACUAGACGGCAUCAGAGAGGUAGACGAUCACUGUUCUCUUUGUAACAAAUUUCAUCAAAGCUUACAAAUAAGGCAUGAUGCAGAAAUUGAACCCGCUCAACUUUUCCUUACGUCUGUUGAUAAAGUUAAAGCAACUUCAGGGGCAGCUGAGUCAGCAUUUUCUAUGCAAGCGACGUUUCCCGUUCACUCAACCAAGCUAAGUCCUUUUUUGCAGCAUGAUUUUAUUUUCGCGAAACAUCCCCCCUUGCCUUCACAAAUCAACCUAACCACUUGGUCGAAUGAAAUUCCUAUUUUGCCUGUCUCUGCGGGAAACAAGUGGGAUUCAUCACUUGAGAUCGCUCCCCUGAAUAUUGGAGUUAUGUGGCGGGGCUUUAACAUGAAUGGUAAUAACAACAAUGAAGAAGAGGAGGCGGGGAAGGCAAUGCACGUUUUCGGUGAAUCAGAACUAACUACGUCCAGUGAGCAAGGGCUGUUAGAUGAUGUCAGACCAUCAGAAAGGCGGCAGAUGGGGGUUGAGGGAGGAGAGAGGAGGGAGGGCGAGGCUGAGGGGGACGGUCUGGAGGGCCCUGCUAGGGGAAGAAAAUUACAGGUGGGGGAGGGCGAGUUAAUGGGAGGGAGAGGACCGUGGGGAGAAGAGGAGGAUGAGAGGCAAAGUGAAAGCGGGACAACAAAGCCGGGCCAAGCUGAGGAGAGAGCGGUAGAGGGAGGGAAGGGUCAGGAUAGGUUCAGUAGCACUGCCACUGUCACACAGUCAGAUAUGGAAAGAUGGAAGAAAGAGAGCCAGGCUGAUGAAAGCCACGAGGGUGAGCCGGAGGGGGAAGCCAACAAGAGGCGCAGUUCAAGGGCAGAGAGGAGCCUGGAAAGGCUGAUAAUAGAAGCAGAUGAUGAGACCUCGCUGGAAGAAAGGGUGGACAAGGUUUUCAUGCCGUGGUCUCGCCCUCGACGGGCAGCUAACAGACAUCCUCAUUUCUCCCUGUAUAACUACCAAGUACAAGUAGCCGAGAACCAGCCACCCGGGACCUCGGUAAUUGUCAUGUCUGCCUCAGACCCCGAUGCAGGGGAUGCAGGCAGGGUGAGCUACAGCAUGGCCCCACUGAUGAAUAGCCGGUCGUCAGACUAUUUCCACAUCCACCCCGAUACUGGCCUCAUCACCUCCACGCAGAUUUUAGAUCGAGAACACAUGGAUCUGCAUUAUUUCCGGAUCACGGGAACUGACCGUGGCUCCCCUCGUCUAUCCGGCACCACCAUGGUCGCCAUCACGGUUGCGGAUCGCAAUGAUCACUCUCCUAUUUUUGAGCAGACAGAGUACCGGGAGACCAUCAGGGAGAAUGUGGAGGAAGGGUACCCCAUCCUUCAGUUAAGAGCCACAGAUUUAGAUUCCCCGUCCAAUGCCAACAUUCGUUACCGCUUUGUCGGCGACUCCGCCGCAAUCGGGAGAGGCGCUUUUGAGAUAGACCCGCGAUCCGGACUCAUCACAACCCGUGGAGUUGUGGACAGAGAGACGAACGAGCACUACACGCUCCAGGUGGAAGCCAGUGACCAGGGCAAGGAACCGGGCGCACGCUCGGCCACGGUUCAAGUGUUCAUUGCCGUUUUGGAUGAAAAUGACAACGUGCCACAGUUCAGCGAGAAGCGUUACGUGGUGGCCGUCAAGGAGGAUGUGAGACCUCACUCGGAGAUACUCCGCGUCAGUGCCACCGACCAUGACAAAGACGGUAACGCGGCGGUUCACUACAACAUCAUCAGUGGGAACAGCCGCGGCCAGUUUUCCAUCGACAGCGUCACGGGCGAGAUCCAGGUGGUGGCGCCUCUGGAUUACGAGGCCGAGCGGGAGUACACGCUCCGUGUCCGCGCGCAAGACAACGGCCGACCGCCGCUUUCCAACAAUACCGGCAUUGUGAGCGUCCAGGUGACCGACGUCAAUGACAACCCGCCCAUCUUUGUCUCCACGCCAUUUCAAGCAUCUGUGCUUGAGAGCUCGCCCGUCGGAAGCUCUAUCCUUCACAUCCAAGCCAUCGAUACCGACGCUGGCGACAACGCGCGUCUGGAAUACAGAUUAACCGGCACCAGUUCCGACACGCCGUUCGUUAUCAAUUCUGCCACGGGCUGGGUCACCGUCAAGUCCAUUCUUGACAGAGAAUCCGUCGAACACUAUUUCUUUGGUGUGGAGGCCAGGGAUUACGGAAUGCCCCCUCUUUCUGCCACAGCAAGUGUGACAAUAACAGUUAUGGACGUUAAUGAUAACCACCCAGAGUUUUUGCAAAAAGAAUAUUAUGCCCGCCUGAAUGAGGACGCCGUGGUUGGAACGAGUGUGGUCACUGUCACGGCGAUGGAUCGGGAUGUCAACAGUGCGGUGACUUAUCAGAUAACGGGUGGGAACACCAGGAACCGCUUUGCCAUCAGCACCGCGGGGGGUGCCGGCCUGCUUUCCUUAGCCCUCCCACUGGACUACAAACAAGAGCGGCGCUACGUUUUAACAGUCACCGCUUCGGAUCGCACGCUCCACGACACCUGUCAGGUGCACAUCAACAUCACUGAUGCCAACACGCAUCGGCCCGUGUUCCAGAGCGCGCACUACUCUGUUAGCGUGAAUGAGGACCGGCCAGCUGGGAGCACCGUGGUUGUCAUCAGCGCAACAGAUGACGACGUCGGUGAAAAUGCCCGCAUCACAUACUUGCUGGAGGAUAACAUCCCUCAGUUCCGCAUCGAUCCUGCAUCGGGGGCGAUCACGCUACAGGCGGAGCUUGAUUAUGAGGACCAGAUGACCUACACGUUGGCUAUAACGGCCAAGGACAACGGCAUCCCGCAGAAAUCGGAUACGACGUACGUGGAGGUGAAUGUCAAUGACGUGAACGACAACGCGCCUCAGUUCCUCAGCCCCAGAUACCAGGGAACCGUGAGAGAAGACGCCCCUCCCUUCACCAGCGUCCUCCAAAUCUCAGCCACCGACCGGGACGCGCACGCCAACGGUCGCGUCCAGUACACCUUCCAAAAUGGUGAGGAUGGAGAUGGAGACUUUACCAUCGAACCGACGUCUGGCAUCGUGCGGACCGUCCGCCGGUUGGACCGCGAAAGCGUGCCGUUUUACGAGCUCACCGCGUAUGCCGUCGACCGAGGUGUACCGCCUCAGCGAACGCCAGUCCACAUCCAAGUGACCGUUCUCGACGUGAAUGAUAAUGCCCCGGUCUUCCCUGCUGAUGACUUUGAGGUUCUGGUGAGGGAAAACAGCGCCGUGGGCUCUGUGGUUGCCCAGAUCACUGCCACAGACCCGGACGAGGGUGCCAAUGCCCAAAUUAUGUACCAAAUUGUAGAGGGCAACAUUCCCGAGAUAUUCCAGAUGGACAUCUUCUCAGGGGAGCUGACAUCACUUAUUGAUCUCGACUAUGAGGCUCGCAACGAGUACGUCAUCGUAGUCCAGGCCACCUCGGCUCCUCUCGUCAGCCGGGCUACUGUACGCAUCAAAUUGGUGGAUCAGAAUGACAACAAACCCACUCUGCUGGACUUCCAAAUUAUCUUCAACAACUUUGUAUCAAACCGUUCCAACAGCUUCCCCAACGGGAUCAUCGGCAGAGUCCCCGCCAAUGAUCCCGAUGUGUCGGACCGGUUGUACUACACAAUUGACAGGGGGAACGAUCUUCACCUGCUGUUGCUCAAUCACACCAGCGGGGAGAUCCGGCUGAGCCGUAAACUGGAUAAUAACAGGCCGCUGGUGGCUCCCAUGCUGAUCACUGUCACAGAUGGCGUUCACAGCAUUUCGGCGCACUGCGUUCUACGUGUGCUCAUCAUUACCGAGGACAUGCUGGGCAGCAGCGUCACCGUCCGCCUGCAGAACAUGUCCCAGGAGCACUUCCUCUCACCGCUGCUGGGUCACUUCCUGGAGGGUGUGUCGGCGGUUCUCUCUGUGCCCGUCGAGGACGUCUUUGUGUUCAACAUCCAGCCGGACAUGGAUGCGGCUCCGAGAGGGAUCCUGAAUGUGAGCUUUUCCGCGGCGCUACCAGGGGGACACUUCUUUCCUUCCGAGGCCCUGGAGGAACAACUGUACCUGAACAGGCCGCGGCUGACCUCGCUCACACAGAUGGAGGUCCUUCCAUUUGAUGACAACGUGUGUCUACGUGAGCCGUGUCAGAACUACAUGAAGUGCAUCUCCGUGCUGCGCUUCAAUAGCUCCGCCCCCUUCAUUUCCUCCCCCUCCAUCCUGUUCCGGCCCAUUCACCCCAUCGCCGGCCUGCGCUGCCGCUGUCCUGUGGGCUUCACCGGUGACUACUGCGAAACCGAGAUCAAUCUUUGCUAUUCCAACCCUUGCCUGAACGGAGGGGUGUGCACCCGCAAAGAGGGAGGGUACACGUGCAUCUGCCGUGAGGACUACACCGGUGACCAAUGCGAAUUUGACCGGCGACGUGGCGGCUGCGUGCCGGGCGUGUGUCGUAACGGAGGAACGUGUCGGGAGCUCUCGGGUGGCGGCUUCCGCUGCGAGUGUCCUGCCGGCGGGUACGAGCGACCGUACUGCACCGUCACCUCCCGCUCCUUCCCCCCAAAGACCUUCGCCAUGUUCCGGGGCCUCAGACAGCGGUUUCACCUCUCCAUCUCCUUAACUUUUGCAACACUUGAGAGCAGCGGUCUUCUGUUCUACAAUGGACGCUUCAACGAGAAGCAUGACUUUCUUGCCCUGGAGAUCCAAGAGGGUCAAGUGGUGCUCAAAUAUUCCACCGGUGAAUCGUCCACCCUGGUGAGUCCUUUCCUGCCUGGAGGUGUGAGUGAUGGGGAAUGGCACACAGUUCACAUCCACUAUUACAACAAGCCAGCUAUACGCUAUCCGAGGCGCAGCACAAGUGGCGAGGCCCAGGGUCCCUCAGAUGAGAAGAUUGCAGUUGUGAGCAUUGACGACUGCGAUACAGCCUUGUCACUCCGCUUUGGCACCCAGCUUGGAAAUUACAGCUGUGCUGCUCAGGGCAAACAGACCAGCAGCAAGAAGUCUCUUGACCUGACUGGUCCAUUGUUCCUGGGUGGGGUUCCCAACGUUCCGGACAACUUCCCAUUUGGCACAAGGGAGUUCAUCGGCUGUAUGAAGGAGCUGCACAUUGACAACAAACCGCUGGACCUGGCCGGGUUUAUUGCUAACAAUGGAACACUGCCAGGCUGCAGCGCCAAACUUCCAUUCUGCAAGUCCAAUCCCUGCCAGAACGGUGGGACCUGCCGGGUCAGCUGGGAGACAUUUUCUUGUGACUGUACUCUCGGUUAUGGCGGGAAAGAUUGCAGCCACGUGAUGCCACACCCCCAUCGCUUCCUGGGAAACAGCGCCCUCUGGUGGGAUCUAAAGAACGACGUGACCAUCUCCACACCCUGGUACCUGGGCUUAGUGUUCCGAACCAGAGCCCGAGACGGGACGCUGCUUCAGGCCCAAGCCGGCCAAUACACCAGCCUGCUAUUCCAGGUGACGAAUGGUCAGCUAGUGUUCUCCGUGACUCGAGGAUCUACCAGACCAGUGAGGUUGAGGCUGGAUCAGGUUCAGGUGGCAGAUGGGCGGUGGCAUGACGUCCAACUGGAGCUACGGGACGUUCGCAGUGGCCGUGAAACUCGCUACGUCGCCACACUCCGCCUUGACUUUGGACUUUAUCAAGGAACAGCAAUAGUAGGAAAUGACAUUCAUGGAUUGAAGGUCAAACAUCUGCAUGUGGGAGGAGUGUUGGGCUCUGGAGAGGUCCAGAAUGGGAUCAGAGGAUGCAUACAGGGUGUUCGUUUGGGUGUGAGACCGGACGGCCCUCCCCUGCCGCGCCCCUCCAGAACUGUCAAAGUCGACAUCGGCUGCAACGUCGGUAACCCUUGCAUCUCAUCUCCGUGUCCCGCCCACAGCCACUGUUCGGACCAAUGGGAGCGGCACACUUGCAUAUGUGAACCUGGUUACUAUGGCAAAGGCUGCACUGAUGCUUGCCAUUUGAAUCCUUGCGAAAACGACGCUCGGUGCCACAGGAUGCCCAGCUCGUCACAUGGAUACAUCUGUGACUGUGGUGACAACCACUAUGGACAGUACUGCCAACACAGGAUUGACCACCAGUGUCCCAGAGGUUGGUGGGGGUCUCCCACCUGCGGGCCUUGUCAUUGUGAUGUCAAUAACGGCUUCGACCCCAACUGCAACAAGACAAGUGGACACUGUCGCUGCAAGGAGUUUCACUACCGUCCGCGGGGCUCAGACAGCUGCCUGCCCUGCGACUGCUACCCCAUCGGCUCCUUCUCACGAACAUGUGACCCAGAGACCGGCCAGUGUCCGUGCAGGCCCGGCGUGAUUGGUCGCCAGUGCAACAUGUGUGACAACCCGUUUGCGGAGGUGACAAACUCAGGGUGUGAAGUCAUUUAUGACGGCUGCCCAAAAACCAUCACUCAGGGGAUCUGGUGGCCGCGGACCAAGUUCAACCUGCCUGCUGCAGUGCCAUGCCCGAAAGGUUCUGUUGGGGCCGCCAUCAGACACUGUGAUGUUGAGAGAGGCUGGAUGGAGCCAGACCUUUACAACUGCACCUCCCCUCCAUUUGUGGAACUCAAUGCUGCUCUGGAUUCACUUGAGCGCAACGAGACGGAGCUGAACACAAUCAUGGAGAAGAAGCUCGCAUACCAACUCCGCGAUGUCACGGAAGCGACGGGCCGCCUCUACGGGAAUGAUUUGCUCAUCGCGGAGCGACUACUGUCACGCCUCCUCACUUUCGAAACUCUACAAAGUGGCUUUGGACUCACCGCUACUCAAGAUGCGCACUUUAAUGAGAACAUUUUGCGAGGCUGCAGUGUGCUGUUGGCUCCGGGAACAGAGGGGCUAUGGCGCGCCCUCGCCCAGGGUCAGAACCACAUCUUAAGCGGUCCGGCUGAAUUGUCGCAGCUGCUGGAGCAGUAUACGCAGAAUCUGGCCCAAAACAUGAAGCUCACCUACCUCAACCCCGUGGCGCUGGUGGCUCCCAAUAUUGUCAUGAAUCUGGAUCGGGUGGAAAAUCACACCCAUGUGCGGCGACGUUUCCCACGUUACCAUACAACAAUGUUUCGGAGUCAGGCCGUGUGGGAUCCCUACACCCAUGUGAUCUUGCCGCCCGCUGCACUGAUGCCGCAACGGCAACAGCAACACAACUGGAAGGAAAAGGAGCGCGCAGAGAAAGAACACCUCCCGCCCUCGAACGCUGUCCAAGUGCCGGUCGGCUUCUCUGCCAAUCAGACAGGAUACAUCGCAGCCCGGCGCGCAGUUGAACCGCCCAUCACCAUCGUCAUUUUGCUCAUCUAUCGCAGUCUGGGCGGAGCGCUCCCUCCCAAAUAUCAUACAGACAGACGAGGAGUGAGACUUCCCAGACACCCAGUUAUGAACUCCCCAGUGGUGACCAUCUCCGUCUACAACAAUCAAACUUUUGUGGGCGGACAUUUGGACCAGCCCAUCCUACUGGAGUUUAAACUACUGGAAACGGCCAAUCGCAGCAAGCCGCUGUGUGUGCAGUGGAACCACAGCAGCCAGUGUGAGAUCGGAGGCUGCUGGACAGUGAGGGACUGCAUGGUGGUGUACAGGAACACCUCACAUGUCCGCUGUCAGUGUCAAAGGCUUGGCACCUUCGGAGUGCUGAUGGACAGUUCACAGAGAGAGCAGUUGGAGGGCGAUCUGGAAACGCUCGCCUUGAUCACUUAUUCCUCUCUGGUGCUGUCCAUGCUGGCUCUGCUCCUCACCGUCCUGGUGCUGUCCUGCCUCCGAGGCCUCAAGUCCAACAUCAGGAGCAUCCAUUCCAACACGGCGGCGGCCAUGUUUUUGUCAGAGCUUGUGUUUCUGCUGGGCGUCAAUCAGACCGAACAACAGUUCCUGUGCACGGUGGUGGCCAUCCUCAUGCAUUACUUCUUCAUGUCCACAUUCGCCUGGAUGUUUGUGGAGGGCCUUCACAUCUACCGCAUGCAGACGGAGCAACGCAACAUCAACUUUGGCGCCAUGAGGUUCUACUACGCCAUCGGCUGGGGCGUGCCAGCCAUUAUCACUGGUCUGGCAGUGGGCUUGGAUCCAGAAGGUUAUGGAAACCCAGAUUUCUGUUGGAUCUCCAUCUAUGACAAGCUCAUCUGGAGCUUUGCCGGUCCAAUCGCCAUUGUCAUAUUGAUGAAUGGCGGCAUUUUCAUGAUUGUCACCAAGAUGUCUUGUAACACCUCUCAGAAGGAGACCAAGAAGCUUCCUGUCAUUGCAACCAUCCGCAACGCCUUCCUGCUAUUGAUGGUGGCCACCUCCACCUGGCUUUGUGGUUUAAUGGCUGUGAACAACAGCAUCUUGGCUUUCUACUAUAUUUUUGACAUCCUCUGUUUAGUGCAGGGUCUGUCAGUGUUGCUGGUGUUCACCGUGUUCAACUCUGAGGUGAAAGAGGCUUGGCAGGUGGCCUGUUUAGGGAAAAAGAGCCCCGGAGAAGAGCCGCCAAGGCCAACAUCGAAUGCUGCCCAAAAUCCCUAUCACAAUGCUUCACUCCUUGAGCAGAGUGGGCUUCAUCGCAUCACGCUGGGAGCAUCCACCAUUUCCUCUGUCAGCUCCGCCAGAGAGAAUCUUUUAGCGCGCCAAACUCUGGAACAAAGCAUUGUUCAAACCGGGGCAACGGACCUGGAUGUCGCCAUGUUCCACAGAGAUGGAGGUAAACAACCCGAAAGCGCUUCAAUAAGCACAGGUCAACAAAUUCCGUUUAUGAAGUGCAGACACACACACGCACCAGGUGAAGAUUCCGACAGUGAUUCCGACCUCUCGAUGGAGGAGGAGCGCAGUCUGUCCAUCCCGUCAUCGGAGAGCGAGGACAACGUCCGCCUACGCGGGCGCAUCCAGCGGCGUUUCAAGCGAUCCAAUCACGGCGAGCGUCUGCUCACUGAGCCCACCCACAAUGGUACCAAAGAUCUGGAUGGCAACGACCUCUUGUCCUAUUGGCCCGCGUUGGAGGAAUGCGAAAAACACACCCUGCAAAAGUGGGGCUCCGAGCGCCCGCUCGGAGCCGAUUAUUGCAAGGAUGCGGCCAACAACAACCAAGCCGACGGAGCGCUGACCAGCGGGGACGAGAGCGGCCUCACGCAGCCGCACAGGCACCGCAAGGGUAUCCUCAAGAAUCGUCUGGGCUGUCCCCCCGCCCUCCAGGGGCUUUCAACAGUGGGCCGGGGAGCCAGUGAGCUCAAUUGGUACCGCACCUCCACCCUGGGCCACCGAGGUGUUCCUGCGGCCUCUUAUGGCCGCAUGUACUCGGCCUCGGUUGGUGCCGGAGGGGGUACGGGUUCCCUGUCGCAACCGGGAUCCCGCUACUCAUCCAGGGAGCAUCUGGACUCGCUCACCCGGAGGCAUCUGUCUCGGGAUCCUCUCGGGAGGCAAACCGUCGGGGGCUCGAGAGACCGGCUGGACUCUCGGGGAUCCCGGGACAAUCUGGACCUCUUACCCAGAAGGAGAGAACUGGGACAGGGCACAGGGUUGGCGGGGUUGGGGCUGGAUCACCAGCGAGUGUCGUCAUCCAGGGAGAACCUGACCUCCUCCAGGGACAGACUGGACAACCAUCACUCGGGCACUAUCCACGCUUCGCGAGAGGACUUGAGGGGAAAUGGCGGCGCUCUGGGUGGCAACGUGGAGGGCACUCUGAGCGGGUCCAGAUCUCAGUUGAACAUGCAAACUCGGCGACAGGCUUCAUCUCGAGAGCACCUGGCAGGUGCCCUGAUGAGCAGUAAGUCGAGGGAGCAGCUGGAGGCCAACGGGGUUGGAGCGCAGGCCCAACCCUGUCGGGAGUGGCUGCGCUCCCUGCCGCCCCGCCAGCCCUCGCACCCCGACCAGCCUCCGCCGUCCUCCCCGCCUCCGCCCAUUUCGGAGGAGCCCCAGCAAGAGCCCUUCCCAUCAUCGGCUCACGUUCGAGGACGCCUGGACUCUGCAUGUAGGUACCCCGGUCCGACGGGCGUUCCCAACAUGGGUAUGAACCCUCUGGGGAGACAACCCUCGAGCGAACACCUGGAUAUCCUCUCCUCCAUCCUCGCGUCCUUCAACCCCUCUGCCCUCACUCCCCCAAACGCUGCCUCCAACUCCGGGCCCAACGGCUCGACCCACUGCCCCUCCGCCUCCCUGCCACAGUCUGCCACUUCCCACAGCAUAUCAGAAGUUUCCCCUGACUCGGAAGCCAAUAGAAGCGAAGGGCAGUCUUGAUGACGGCCUUUGUAUUCCUUUAUGCAUUCCGAGGACAAGGUGAACCAGCGAGGCAGCGGAGGACUAAAACUCAGUUUUGGACACAGGUGAUGACAUUGUGCGGAAAAAAAAUAAGAUGCGGAUUUUGAUGGCUCAGAGGACAAAAACUGUUUACAAAACAUCACACUCAGUCAGAUGCAGACAGAAAAAAAUGAGUGGAAAAGACUGUACAGACAAAAAAAAACAUUUUUAUACGAUUUGUAUCUUUUUCAUUGGGGACAAAGGUGUCUCUCGUGAUGUUUUGGUUUUUUUGUAAUGUCUUUGAGUGAGGCUGGUGCGAGUGAGCUGUAUUGAAGUCACACAAAAAAAAACAUUUUUCAUCAAAGCUGCGUGGUAAUUGCAAAUGGCACAACAUCUGAUGAGAUCGCAAAGCAGAGUUGGAGGGAAACCGUUAACGUAUCGUUGGCUGAAGUGUAAAUAGAGGGCCGUUAUUAUUCCAAGUGAAGAGAUUUGAAUGGAACGAGAUGAUUGUAACGAGGACGACUGCGAAGAGGGCGCCGCGCGAGGCUUCAGGGUUUUGACCAUUAAAGCGCCGUCACAAGUUGUCGUGAGA